AUGCUCGUCUCCCCACUCUAUGCAGUAGUGCUGGCGAUCCUGCUGCCAUUUGCGGCCGUAGCUGCUCCAGCAUCUGGGCGGCGGGGUGAGACGAUCCCCACGCUCGCUGCGUCUCAGAUACAGUCAUACACCACCUACACGUGGUAUGCGAACGCAGCGUACUGCGCGCCGUCCAAGACACUCGCAUGGGAAUGCGGGUUGAGCUGCAAUGCAAAUCCGGCUUUCCAGCCCAUUGCGGCGGGCGGGGAUGGGAGUGACGUGCAAUUCUGGUUUGUGGGGUACGAUCCUGCGCUGGACACCGUCAUCGUGUCGCAUCAAGGGACGAACCCCCAGGCGAUAUUACCUUUACUCACGGAUGCGGAUAUCGUUCUCGAGCAGCUCGACGCGUCGCUCUUCCCCGGCGUGAGCUCCAGCGUGCGGGUGCAUAGCGGGUUCGCGAGGGAGCACUCCAAGACCGCGACAGCUGUCCUGGCUGCAGUGCAGGAGGCGAUGUCGACAUACAGCGUCGGCCGCGUCACGAUAGUGGGGCAUUCUCUCGGCGCAGCGGUCGCGCUUUUAGAUGCGAUCUACCUCCCGCUGCAUAUCCCAGAUGCGUCCUAUACGUUCGUUGGGUACGGUCUCCCCCGGGUCGGCAACCAAGAGUUCGCAGAUUACGUCGACGCCCAUCCAAUUGCGGUCUCACACGUUAACAACAGGCAGGAUGUCGUGCCAAUCCUUCCCGGCGAGUUCCUCGGGUACGUACACCCCGCAGGCGAACUGCACAUCCUGAACUCUGGCGCGUGGGCUGCAUGUCCCGGUCAGGAUAAUUCGAACACGGAGUGCAUCGUGGGUGACGUGCCGACGGUGUUCGAGGGGGACACCGCAUACCAUGAUGGGCCAUACUACGGCAUCACAAUGAGUUCCAGCUGUUCUAGCUGA